CUACUCCAAGCUAGGCCCGCAAUUCCCUGUAUUCAGCCUCGUACGCCACAACUUUUCGAGAGCAAAGCUUCGAUUUGCUUUCCCUCUUUCAAGCUUCCCUUGCCAGUCCACACCUAGUCCCACAACCUAGUCCCAUCGCCUCCAGCCAACAUGCCCGUCGUCAAAGGAGGUGUGUGGACCAACAUUGAGGAUGAAAUCCUCAAGGCCUCGGUGUCCAAAUAUGGCCUCAACCAGUGGGCACGCGUAUCGUCGUUGCUAGCCCGAAAAACACCUAAACAAUGCAAGGCCCGAUGGAACGAGUGGCUCGACCCGAGCAUCAAGAAGAUCGAGUGGAGCAAGGAGGAGGAUGAGAAGCUUCUGCACCUUGCCAAGCUGAUUCCAACGCAAUGGCGCACCAUCGCCCCGAUCGUUGGCCGGACAGCAAACCAGUGUCUCGAGCGGUAUCAGAGACUGUUGGACGAGGCCGAGCAGAGGGAGGCGCAAGGGCUGGGUCUGACCGGUCCAGAUGGAGCAGAGACACAAGCGCCGUCGGCUGAUGAUGUCCGACGCCUUCGUCCCGGAGAGGUGGACCCCGAUCCGGAAAGCAAGCCUGCCCGCCCAGAUACAAUCGACCUGGAUGAGGACGAGAAGGAAAUGUUGAGCGAGGCGCGUGCACGUCUGGCCAAUACGCAGGGAAAGAAGGCCAAGCGCAAGGCCCGUGAGCGGCAACAGGAGGAGUCGAGGCGGCUUGCGACCUUGCAGAAGAGGCGAGAGCUAAAGACCGCCGGAAUCAACAUCAAAGUGGUCACUCGCAAGCCGGGGCAGAUGGACUACAAUGCGGAUAUCCCUUUCGAGAAGAAGCCCACCGCCGGGUUUUUCGACACUAGCGAAGAGAUUCAGCGCAAUGAGUUCCAGCGCGCCAAAUUCGAUCCUAAGACUCAGCAGGUCGCAAACAAGCGGAAGGGAGACCAGGAUGGAGACACAGACCGAAAAAGGCGGAAGGGCGAAAAGGAUACGCCUUCUGCUUCUUUACAAGCCGCCGUGAAGGCCGGUCAGAUGCAACGCAUCCGGGAGGCGGAGCAAAGCAGCAAGAGGAGGGCCUUGGUGCUCCCUGCACCCCAAGUCAGCGAGGGCGAGCUGGAGGAGAUCGUCAAGAUGGGCAUGAUUGGGGAGCGUGCGAACAUAAUGGCACGCGAGAGUGACAAUGAUGCUACGCGCGGGCUCGUCAGCAGCUACUCGAACUUGAACACAAAUGCUCCCAUCCGGACGCCCAGGGCGCCUCCCCAAGAGGAUCACAUCGCAAAUGAGAUCCGAAACAUCCGAGCAUUGACACAAACUCAGUCAUCCCUCCUCGGAGGUGAGAACACGCCCCUUCACGAGGGCUCGGCGUCGACUGGUUUCGAUUCCAUCGCGCCCCGCAAGCAUGUCGUUGCAACACCGAACCCUCUGGCUACCCCAUUGCGAUCUGGUGCCAACGGUGUGGGCGCAACUCCCUUACGCCCAGGCCAGACGCCAAUGCGCACCCCUCGGGACAGCUUCGCCUUGAACGCGGCUGGCGAUGAGAUGUCGCUCCCUGGUGGGACUCCUGCGGAUGUAAAGAUGCGAGAGACCUCAUUGAGGCACGCGCUCAAGCAGGGGCUCACGGCCCUGCCGAAGCCGAAGGAAACUGAAUGGGACCUCGAGCUACCGGAGGAGGAGCAGGAGGCGGCAACUGUUGAAGAGCUCGAGGAGGAUGCUGCUGAGCGUGAUCGUCGGGAGCGGCUAAGAAGGGAGGCACAGGAGGCUUUGGAGCGCAAGAGACGCACCCAAGUGAUGCAGCGCGGCCUACCUCGUGCGGCCUCUCUAGAUGUCGGCGCCUUGACGCAGGCUGCCCUCCAAGUGGAGGACCCGGCGGAGCGGCUGAUUGCGCAGGAGGCGGCACUGUUGAUGGCAAACGACGCAGUGAAAUUUCCUCUCCCGGGCACCAAACCGGCGGCAAGCACAGUUCAGCUGGCGCAAUUGGACGACGACUCGCUAGCCAACGCUCGCUUGAUGAUUCUAAUGGAAGCCAAGGAGCCCAAACCCGAUGACGUCCAAGCUGCAUGGCAGCAAGUCAAUACCAGCUCGCUUCUUCUAGGCCUCGGCUGCUACGACAAUGACGACGACGAUGAGGAGGACCAGCUGUCGGCCAUGCGUGCUGCAUUUGACGACGUUCAGCAGGCUAUCAUCUCGUCGGCCGAGAAGGGAUCGAAGCUGGAGAAGAAGCUCGCGCUGCACCUCGGCGGGUACAAGAAUCGCGGCGAGAUGCUGCGCAAGAAGAUUGGUGAAGCCGCCGAGGCGCUGGCGAAGGCGCAAGACGCACUGAGCGGUUUCAGGACGCUGUCGGCGUCGGAACAGGUCGCCAUCGGCAGGCGGCUGGGAUCGCUCCGGGAAGAGGUCAACUUUCUCAGCCGGCGAGAGCGCGAGGCCCAGGAGCUGUAUAGGAAGAAUAGGGAGGAACUGCUGGGGCUUACGGCGAAUGGGGAGAGUCAUUAGGAUCACCAGAAAGGGGUUGAGCUUGUAAGAGUACACUGUACUAGGAUGGUAUCCUAGGUCAUCAACCGGUUUAGCAUUUGAGGGACACACUACACUCUCUACCUACCAAGCGUGGGUUAAUUAGUACCUAAAUAUGACCCCGACAGCGACCCCGACACACCGACAUGCCGACAGUGCCCUCCGUCUCCCCUGUUUAUUUCUUGCUCCCCAACCUCGGCAGCUUGACAGGGACGAU